UAUUGAGUACUUUAUAAUAAUUGCUUAAUUUUUUCAAUGUCAAUUAACAAAGUUUUUCCGAAAAAAGUUGAAAUAAAUUCUGAUGUUUAUGAAGCAUUUAAAUUAGUCUUAACUGCAACAUUACCAAGAUAACAAUAGAAUCAAUUUAAGAUUAAAACUGUGUAUCAAAAGUUCAACAUGAGGAUACUUCAUUACUUCUUAUUCAUGGCAGUCGCUGUUAUAUCAACAAACUGCAUUAAAUCACCAUCAUUUGAGUUGAAGAAAGCAAUGAUCAUAAAAGCUUUACAAAAUAAUGCUGAACACCAUAGUCAUAGCCAUUCAAGAGAAAGAGGUAGAAGAAAUCCUUAUAGGAAUAAUCAAAAUUACAACAAUCCUUACCGUAAUCCUUAUUCUAAUCCCUAUAAUACCCAAAAUUAUAACAAUGGAUAUAACUAUCCAAACGCUUAUAACAACUAUGGAUCACCUUAUGGGUAUGGUUAUGGAUAUGGGAAGAAAUGAAAAUAUUUGAGAUGGAUGAAGUGCAAGAGAUGGAUGUUUUUAAAGUUGUGAAAGAUACAGAAGAAAGCUCUAAGCAAACUAGUGAUUCUUAAUGAAAUAUCAAAAAUCG